GGCAGGAUGGUUUCCGAGAACUUCGAUGAAUAAAAUAAUGGAAAAGUCCCUUUGCCCCCACGACAAUGUUAUUUGAGGAGGACUUGUGAUACAAAACAUAAUAUUCUUUGAAGAUUUUACUUUUUAUGAGCUGUUCAUAUUUAUUCUACAAUCGGAAAAGAUAAACUUUUACCAUAAAGAUGUUGAUAAGGUUGUCCAAAAUGAUACCAUUGAUGUGGCGCAUCAGACGGCCGAUGCUGGUCGUUCUACUGUUGAUGUGCAUCAGCCCAAUCAUCUUCAUCAGUAUAGACCAAGCCACAGGGGUCAUCAAGGAUGCACGUGACACUAACAAACACGGCAAAAAACAUAAAGUAAAGGACAAACCCCUCUUUAAUUUGAACAAGGAUGUGAAUUUAAAUUUUGAUAAAGGUUGCAAGAUUCCACAUUUAAAUCCAUUUUUAGCAGGAAUGGAAAGUAAUAUCGCAAAACCACAGUACAAAUGUAAAGGCUUUGAUUGGGUUAAAUGUCAUAAAUCAGAAUGCCGUCUCGUAAAAGAUGUCCUGAAAAAUGUAAAAGACGUGACCUGUGAUUACAGUAACAUAAACUAUGUUAACCAUAGAAACUAUUACUAUAGUUAUCUCAAAGUGUGACUGGAGAUGAGGCGGUGACUCUGGAUAAAAGUGAUCAUGUUAAAAUAGAGUGUACGGGC